AGCAGGCUGCCCCAUCCUGGGGCUCACGAGCGACCUGGCACAGCGCUCCCGGAGGAGGCACCCAGACUCCAGGGCCAGUCCUAUGACCAUCCAGCAUGAACCGAAAGAGGCUGCAGAAGUUGACGGACACCUUAGCUAAAAACUGCAAGCAUUUUAAUAAGUUUGAAGUGAACUGUCUUAUAAAGCUUUUCUAUACCUUGGUGGGUAAGUCAGCAGAGCGUCCAGGGUCAGUCACUGGACUAGAUCGUAAUGCAUUUCGGAACAUCCUGCACAUGACAUUUGGGAUGACAGAUGACAUGAUUAUGGACAGAGUAUUCAGAGGUUUUGAUAAAGACAAUGAUGGCUGUGUGAAUGUGUCAGAGUGGAUUCAUGGACUAUCACUGUUUCUUCGUGGAUCUUUAGAAGAAAAAAUGAAAUAUUGCUUUGAAGUGUUUGAUUUGAAUGGUGAUGGCUUCAUUUCGAAGGAGGAAAUGUUCCAUAUGUUGAAGAACAGCCUUCUCAAACAGCCCUCUGAGGAAGACCCUGAUGAAGGAAUUAAAGACUUGGUUGAAAUAACACUUAAGAAAAUGGACCAAGACCAUGAUGGGAAGCUGUCUUUUACAGACUACGAGAAGGCUGUGAGAGAAGAGACCCUGCUUCUGGAGGCCUUUGGGCCAUGUUUACCUGAUCCAAAGAGCCAGAUGGAAUUUGAAGCCCAAGUAUUCAAAGAGCCACAUGAUCUCAAUGAUAUGUGAAUUCCUAAAUGUGUAUUGUUUCCAGUGAGUACAAAAGGAGAUAUACAUAGUUUAUUUCUUCUAUUUAGCUCAGAAAGACAAUGUCAAAUUGUGUGACUUGGGGUUAGAGUUCACUUACACACGUUACUGGGCAGAGUACAAGUAAAACUUGUGGGGAAGAACACAGUUCCUCACAUAUGAUAGUUUGGCAAAAGGCUUUCACAUUGCUAGAGGGGUUUCAUCUCACGGACUAGGCGUUUAAGCACCCACCUGUCCCAGAACCUCCAGCUUAAUCAAAUGACAAACUGCAUAGUCAAUUAUGAAUACAAGUAGCUUUUACGUGAGAAAUAGUUUGGGUAUACAUUGAAAAAAAAUAAUUGAAAUUGCUGAGUUCCCUUUGUAGUGAAAAAAUAAUGAAAAUGACACCAAAAGAAUAGUAACCCUGGGAAAAAGCAUUGCAAUAGCAGGGAGGUAUGGAAAGAUGAAAUCAACAUGAAGUUGAUUUUAAUAUGCUUUCUUCUGUUAUGUGAGACUUUUCCUUACCAACCAUACCUGCUUGCAAAAACUCUUAUUCCUGCCAUAGCAUCCUCUGCAUACUGUGGGCCCUUAAGGAAUACUGUGGAGUGGAUUGAACCCUGAAAAUACCACAGCAUGCAUCAGCCCUCUCAGUGAGCAGAGGUCCUGUUCUGUGUCUUGUGCUUAAUGGGCACAGAAGCCCAGCUAUCAGCUGAUCUCAAGAAGUUGGCUUCUGCACAGCAGUCAGAUAUCAAGCCUCUUCAGCUUUGGCACCCAGUGUCACUCCCCUCUUACCUUGCUCCAGACCUCCUUGCCUCCACUGGAUGCACUACAGUAUCAUUGACUCAACAUGUACUCCUUAUUAAGAAUCAUAUCAUAUGGUAUCCUAACUGUGCCCACCAGCUGGGACUUCCAGAGCCUAACAUGUGCUUAUAGAUACAUGGUGGAGUAUGAGAAAGACAGGUCUGCAGUCUGUGAGCCACCUUCUGCCCCUUAGUAACACAUCGUCAGCAGAGAGAGUUCUGACACAAAGCUUCUUCCUUAUGUAUACAUGCUCGGAGACCACUUG